AUGGCGACGACGGCGAGGUUAUUGGCGGCCGUGCUCGCCGCCGCGGCGUGCGCGUGGCUGCCGGCGGCGGCGGCCUUCGACGUGCCGACCGUCGCCUUCGACGAGGGCUUCUCGCCGCUCUUCGGCGACGGCAACCUCGUCCGCGCGGACGAUGGCCGGACCGCCCGCCUCCUGCUCGAUCGGCGCUCCGGUUCGGGGUUCAUCUCGUCGGACUACUACCUCCACGGCUUCUUCAGCGCGUCCAUCAAGCUUCCCAGGGACUACACGGCCGGGGUCGUCGUCGCCUUCUACCUGUCGAACGGUGACGUGUACGAGAAGACGCACGACGAGCUGGACUUCGAGUUCCUGGGCAGCCGGUGGGGCGGGCAGUGGCGGGUGCAGACCAACGUGUACGGCAACGGCAGCACCAGCCGCGGCCGGGAGGAGCGCUACCUGCUGCCUUUCGACCCGACCCUCGAGGCGCACCGCUACUCCAUCCUCUGGGCGCCAACCCACAUCAUCUUCUACGUCGACGACACGCCCAUCCGCGAGGUGGUGCGCCACCCGGCCAUGGGCGGCGACUUCCCGGCCAAGCCCAUGGCGGUCUACGCCACCAUCUGGGACGGCUCCGCCUGGGCCACCGAGGGCGGCAAGUACAAGGUCAACUACAAGUACGCGCCGUUCGCCUCCGACUUCUCACGCCUCUCCCUCGCCGGCUGCCCCGUCGCCGACCCGUCGUCGUCCGCGCUGCUACGCCUCCCGCGCGCCGGCGCUGGCGGCGGGUCCGGGUGCGACCUCCUCGGGCUCAUGACGGCGGACUACGCGGUGGUCACCCCGCAGAGGCGCGCCGCGAUGCGCGCGUUCCGGGCCAGGCAGAUGACCUACACCGUCUGCUACGACGCCGCGCGCUACGCGGCGGGGCCCUUCCCCGAGUGCGACAACUCCGACGAGGAGCGGCGGGCCUUCUGGGCGUGGGGCGAGUCCAGGACCGUCGUCAUGAAGACGCGCGGCCGCGGACGCCGUAACCGGGCCAGCAGGGCUGCGGCCGCCGUCGCCGCCGGCGCGGCGGCCAGAGGACGCACAGGCAUGGCGAGCAGCUGAGCUGAGGCGAUCUUGUUAGGACGCUAAUGGCAUUCCAUUGGGAGUAUAACACUAGGCUACGGAUUGGGUUGGAUUGGUUUGGGGUGUUACCAUAUGGUUAAGGUGUCUGUAUAGCUUGGCUCUAGGGAUUAUUAUGGAUUCGUCACUAGCAGUAGUAUUCCAUUAUUCUUUGAUUCGUUGGGUGGCAGCUAAUAAUAAUAGUAUGAUCAAAUUAUCAUG